AAUUCGUCCCAUUCAGUUGGUGAAUUACAUUUCGUUACGGCACGGUGAAUUCGUGGCUUCUUCCUCCCUCAUUUCCCUCCAUCAAAUGGCUGUAUUGGAACCCAGAGAAAAUGUUCAACUCAAUUUUGUGGCAAUUUGCUCUCUUGGGGCACUCCUUAGUAUGAUUGUGGCUGUAUUGGGUAUUAAAUUGCGCUGGUUCCGGCAUCGACUCACUUUCGAUCGUCUCCCAACGGCACCCAAAAAUGACUCCCCCGAGGAUUCAGUGGUUGUCACGGGAUUCUACCGUAAAACCGCGGAUUUUGACAAUUUUGUGUCAAUUGAGCGACCACAGUCACUACCACCAAUUCGCUUGGAUAAACGAUCAGUACAGAGACAAUCAAGAGUUGAGACACAACUACGACGAUCAACGAUCCUAAGUAGAGAAAAUCCUUCUUUGGAUGAACCCUUGAGGAUCAAUUUAAAUCACCAUCAAGAGUCAUCAGGAAAUGUGAUUGAAAGGCCAGAAAAGCAUCAAAAUCAUCAAGAUGAGGCCUCCAGGGGGGAGAAUCAUGGGAAUCAUGCAUUCCAAUCAUCACAGAAUGUUGCAGGGGGGAAGAAGAAAGCUCCUCCACCGCCGAAAGAGGAAACAAAAAAUAAUAAUAUUCAUGAGAAAUUGAACAUUGAACUUGAGGAGCAUGCUGUAGAGCCUCGAAGUGCUGAGGAUAUUCCCCUGAAGAUUUCCACACCAUCAAACAUUCCAAAUGCGGAGAUUAAGCCCCCAAAUCUUCCCCUCAAUCCACCAAGAGUGGUGCAACAGACGACUAGCCCUACAACAGCAACAGGAGGAGCCCAGAGUGCAGCCGCUUCGGGGAAGGAGAAGAGGAAGAGUGGGAUGAGUGUGAAGAGCCCCGAGACGAAGAGCAAGGCAAUCAAGGUAAGAGUUUUGAAGCAAAAGCACGCAAAGAGAAAAGAAAAGGAAAUAACUGUUGAAAAGAAGAAGGAUCAUCGUGUGGAUAAUGCAGCAUCGGAUAAAAUUCUCGCUGAAUCCGCAACCUUUGCCCCCGUUGCCAUCCCGCGCACCUCCGCCAAGGCAGCCACCACCGCAGAGGCGCCACCGCAGCCACCGCGUGGGGAGAAGAAGACACUCCAAUUUGCCAUUGAUGACGAAAUUAUCGGACAGAGUGAGGGUGACUACGACAGCUGGGACAUGGUGUCGAAGCAUCGACAGAGUCUCAAUCAUCUCACAGCGGCCCCAGCCCCAAAACCCCGUGCCCGUGACUCAGUUGCCGUUCACCGGCAAAAGGUUCUUCCGCACACAAUCCUCAUGGAUCUCAAUGAUGAUGACGAUGACGCAGAUCGCCCACCGAGGACGUUGCGGGACAUGCAAAAGGAACAACGACAGAAGCUUUCAAUUACAAAGGACUACUCCGACACAGAAGCCUGAAAAGGACUCCUUUUUUAGGGGGAGCUUCUCUUUUUCUUAUCUUUUUUUUUUUCUCUCUAAGACUCUAAGAAGCAUUUUUCGAUUUAAAAAAAGUAAUAAAAUUAAAUUUUGAAUUUUAAAUAAAAUAGAGAAUGUUUAAUUUAAAAGAAAAAAAUUCCUUUAGGCACCUGAUGAAGUUCUAGGGAAAGUCGAAAACUUUGUGCUUCGAAAAAUACGGCGAUACGAUGGAAGAUUUAAAAUUUAAGAGUCUUAAAUGAAAGCUGAAAAAUUUCCAGAGGAAAAAAAAGUGUUAAGAACUAAUUCCAAGGGUGGAUACGAACCAAAGAACUUUCGUCUUGAAGGUUGAAUCUUUUAAUUGACCCAAAAUUUUACACUUUGGAAUUUAUUAAAAUUGUUAGGUAUUUUUAAGUCAAAAGCACUAUUCGAAUUAUGAAGAAAAAAAUUUCUUCAAUUAAAAAUUUGUUAUUCAGACCAAUUUUUUGGUCAAAAUCAGGCAUAAAUCAGAUGAAUCAUGAUGAAAAUUCUUAAAAUUCAAGGACUUCAUUAAAAUUGAAGUUUUUCUGUCGAAAUCAGCAACAAAUCAGAUAAAUUCAGAAGAAAAUUUCUUCAAUUGAAAAUUUAUCAUUCAGCUCAAGUUUCUGAGUCGAAAUCAUCAUUAAAUCACACACAUUUUGCACGUUAAAAGUUUUUAAAUAUUUUUCCACCCUAAAAUAUGUUGAAUUUUAUGCUAAAAUCCCUUUAAUUUGAGCAUUAAAAAGUAAAAAAUGUAAAAAAGACAAAAAAGAAGAUAACUAACCUGUGAAGCUUUGCGAGGGGAAAAUGAAGGCAGAGUUUUUGAUGAAAUUCCAGAAAUUCUUUGUAGGAACGAAACAAAUAGGCUGGAUCUGGUUGAUUCUGUCGCGUUACCUUCAGGAUGUACGUGUAGUACUUCUCCAGAUCAUACCUCUUCUGAUACCCAUACACUACAACUGACUGCAGGCGUCCAUCUUGGGCCAUUCUGUGAGGAGAAAAUUGAAGAUUUUCUUUGAAAAUUAACAUUUUCCUUUAAUAAAAACGUUUUUUUCUUUGAA